GGCAGAGAUACAUCAUAUAUGUACAAAACACCCAUUUCAAACAAUUGGACAAUUUUUAUGUUAAAUGAAUCUGAUUUUCUAACUUGUUGAAUGAAUCAACAUUCAACAGGUGGCAAUCAAGACUAAUGUCAAGAUAUAUGAGGAACUAGCCUCCAGAUUCUUUGCCAAUCCACAUGAAACUUCCUUUUUUCCAAGCACAAGCACUAGAUAUAAUGGUAUUCUGCCCAACCCAUUAGAGAGAAAAAGAGAAAAGCAAUGAAGUGCUUUCACUACUUCAAGGACAUAUCUAGAACCAGGGAACGAAGAUCAGCUCCAGACCUGAAAGAUCAACGAAAAUCGGACUAUUUGGGGGGCGAUGAUCGGAUCAUUAAGUCUUCAUGCUCUGCAACUUCUCCUCAUGGAGUGAGGGAGUUGUAUGAGGAGAAGGCACAUAAUUUAAGAGUCUUCACCUUCUCCGAGCUUAAGAAUGCGACGAACGACUUCAAUAGGAUGCUUAUAUUAGGUGAAGGAGGAUUCGGGAGCGUUUAUAAGGGUACGAUCAAGCCUGCUGAUGGAAAAGGUGAUCUGAUCACAGUUGCUAUUAAGAAGCUUAAUAGGGAAAGCUUGCAGGGUCAUAAACAAUGGGUUUCAGAAGUUCAGUUUCUGGGAAUUGUGGAGCACCCGAACCUCGUAAAGCUGAUCGGAUACUGUGCGGUUGAUGGAGAGAGAGGCAUUCAGAGACUGCUUGUGUAUGAGUUUAUGCCAAACAAAAGCUUGGAAGAUCAUCUCUUCAACAAAGCUUACCCUGCACUUGCAUGGGACGCAAGAUUGCAGAUACUACUUGGAGCAGCUCAGGGUUUAGCUUAUCUACAUGAAGGACUGGAAGUUCAGGUGAUAUAUCGAGAUUUUAAAUCGUCCAACGUGCUGCUGGACGAGAAUUUUAGACCAAAACUUUCUGAUUUUGGACUUGCCAGAGAGGGUCCGGUGGCCGGAAGAACACAUGUUUCCACAGCAGUGGUCGGGACAUAUGGCUACGCAGCUCCAGAUUACCUCGAGACAGGCCAUCUCACAGCUAAGAGUGAUGUCUGGAGCUUUGGUGUUGUCCUUUAUGAGAUGCUAACAGGUAGGAGGUCAUUGGAGAGAAACCGGCCAAGAACCGAGCAGAAGCUCUUGGAAUGGGUGAAACAGUUUCCAUCCAAUAGCAAAAGAUUUAGUAUGGUGAUGGAUCCUCGGCUAGAAAACCAAUACUCUCUUGAUGCAGCCAUGAAAGUUGCCAAGUUAGCAGACAGUUGUUUGUUGAAGGCUGCAAAGGAUCGGCCGAAGAUGAGUCAGGUGGUGGAGACUUUGAAGCAGAUAGUGCAGGCAGCUGAUGAAGUUUUCCCUUCAGACUCUUCUGGGAAAAGUUUCGAGAAUUCGAGAAUUGAUGCGAACAAUUUGGAUGAGAACUCAACUGAGUCAGAACCGACGGAUUCGUGGAAAAGGCGGAUGGCUCACCUGGUGAAAAUUGGUGAGCAUGUGGAAGGAGUAAGCAGAAGAAGACUUAUGAUCAUGCAGAGGGCCAAAGUGACAUAGAUUUAGCAGAAAGAACGUAAUUUCUUUUGAUUGCAAAGUUCCCUCAUCAUGGAUAUGACAAGGGUUUUAUUUAAGCUGAAUCCAUAAGGAUUGCUUUAUUUUGGCUGGAUUCCAGGACUUGGUCGUUCAGCAAAUUGUUUCUUAGUUAUCAUCUCAUGCUCAUCAGCAUUUGACUUUUUUUUUUUAACCGAGCAGGCGUGCCCUUUGGACAACUCAUGAAAGCCUAAACUCGAGUCGGAUUAAGCAUACUCAAAUUCGCACGAGAGGUUAGUUGGGUCGAGGUCCAGCGCAAACCACUUGGAAGUAGUGCACACUAGCUUAGAAUCCAAUUCUCGGCCUCGGAUGAAAUUUUGGGAGGUAAUCAGCUGCCUCCAAGUGAUUGAUUAGCAUUUCAUAGCACCACCAUGUCCUUAUAUUCCAACAUUGGGCUAGUGACUACUCUGCAAAAUGUGAACCAACUCUCCCAUCCCAAUAAACUCAAAUCUCCAACUCCAAUGGAAUUUCAACCUAAAAUCAACAAGCUGAAAAUUCCAAGAUUAAUCGAUUAGGGUGUCUGUUUAGAGAAAUGACAACAGAGACAGGUGCAACAUGAAGAAGUUAUCUAUCAUGUGAUCAACAAAGUAUUCUCCAUAGAAGAAAUAGAAUAGACAAAUCCCAAAAGCAGGAAGAAGGGAUUUAAGGAAAACAUUAGCUUUCAUACUGUUAAUGUAGGAAUAGUGACAAGAAGUUACGGGCCUUAUCAAAAACACAGAGCAUAGAGUGAUACCCUAACCAUCUUCUCUUCCGAGACGCGGAAACAAGACAUUGUGAGAAUCAUUACAAGUUUUAUUUUGUACAAGAAGACAUCUUCAAGCCAUGAACAUAGAUCACCAGCCUACAAAGAUUGUGAUCUGCACACUCUGUAUUGUCCGCGUUCUUAUAUCACAAUACAUCAGAAAGUGUAGAUUACAGCAAACCAUUAAACAAGUUUUUGACAAACAGAAAAGGAAGUAAGAAAUCAGGUGUCCGGGCUAACCCUUUACUUCUCCUGAUGCAACAGGUAAGCCUUUGGCCUCAUGUGACUCUGAAGAUAUGGACAUCAGCUCAGACCUGUACUUUUCUGCUCCAUCAUGAUCUAUCCCAUUAACCAGCUCCUCACCGUUCAGUUUCUCCAAUGAGCACUGUGAAGCAAGAGUCUUGUCUGGUAAAGCAUAAGAGAUGGCAAUAAGUGAUUCCCUCGUAACUUCCUCAGAAGUCUCCUUGCCAAUUGC